AUGACAGAAUUCGGAGUGCAACCUACUAUGACAGGCCCACGCUCACCCUCCUCCCCGUGGGUGCAGAGUCCCCAGAUUCAUCGUGACGGCGCACAGUCCUUCCAACCGAGCAAAUCGCCGUCGCAUGCGGGCAUGAUGUCAAACCCUCUCGAUCGACCGAGUCCCAAUUACUUCGGCAUGAGUUCACACACAACCGCCAACCACCAGACCUCCAAUACAAGUCCCGUCCAGAAGAACUGGGGCUCAUCACCUCCCCAAUCUUUCCAGAGUCCGAUGGUGCACGUUCAUCCUCAGGAACUGGUGUCGGCGGGGCUGGUCAACAUGUUGAAGACCGAGCCUGAAACGAACCGGAUACGUCGGGAAUCAACUUUCAAUGAAGCCUCCAACGGGAAGCAAAUCAGUCCAGGGUCAACGUCCUCACCUUCCUAUCCGCUGGGGGGUUUUUCAUUAGGACUACCCAGCGGGCCCAGGCAAGGCAGAAACUCCGUCUCCGCAGAAGCAACUCUCGCGUCAUUUCCAUGGGUCUCGCCCGACCGCUGCGCCGAUCUGCUAACCACCUCCCAGUCAGAUACCAUGCUAUUUGACGUUCGACCGUUUGCUCACUUCAAGAACGCCAACAUCAAGGGAUCAUUGAACUUAUGCAUUCCGACCACACUACUCAAACGCCCUUCAUUUGACACCAAGAAAUUAUCAAGUACCUUUACAAACGACGCGGACAAGCAAGCCUUUACUCAUUGGAAGAACUGCAAGUUUAUCAUUGUCUAUGACUCCGCGUCUACGGACACCAAGGAUGCAGUACCUCUUCUGAAUGUACUUAAUAAAUUCAAAGCAGAAGACUGGAAGGGUGAUGGGUUGGUUCUUCAGAGCGGCUUCCAAGGAUUUUCGAAGCAAUUCCCGCAUUUGACCCAACAAGCGUCAGCGCAAGCGACCGGCUCGUCUUCCAAGCGUCCUGGGCCGAUGGGAAUCAACUUGUCAUCGGUGGCUCCCGUCGUUGGUGGUUGUGCCUUACCAGAAUCAACGUCAGCUGCCAACCCAUUUUUCGGGAAUAUCCGACAGAAUAUGGAUCUUCUGGGUGGUGUUGGGCAGAUCCCACUGAAACAGCCGGAUCAAAUGACAGAUACGAAGCGACAGCAAUUGCCUACCUGGCUACGGGGCGCUUGUGAUGCCAAUGACAAGGGGCAUAUUGUUUCUAACAAGUUCUUGGGCCUGGAGAAAACCGAAUUAGAACGCAUGAAACAGGCUUUGACCUAUGAGGGUCCAUCGGCAGAGGUCAGCGGCAGCUCCAAGAAAUAUCGAGUUGCAGGCAUCGAGAAGGGCACCAAGAACCGAUAUAACGAUAUUUAUCCGUUUGAUCACUCCCGUGUCCGACUUGAGGGAAUCCCAUCUGGGGCCUGUGACUACGUGAAUGCGAAUCAUAUCUCGGCCGAACUCACCCACCGCAAAUACAUCGCUACACAGGCGCCCGUGCCCGAUACUUUCAAUGACUUCUGGCGUCUCGUGUGGGAGCAGGAUAUCCGACUUCUUGUAUCUCUUACUGCAGAGGUUGAAAGGGGACAGGUGAAGUGUGAUCGCUAUUGGGAGUCUGGGGAUUACGGACCCUUUGAGAUCAAGGCCUACUCGGAAAAGUACAUAUACAUCGAAGGUCAAGGUCAACAACCCAUUGAUCCCAGCACGGGAAACCUUAAGACUACCAGCGAGAAAUGGGAUGCGACGAAUGAAAACCCAGUCAUCAUCGUGCGACACUUCAGCAUCCGCCAUACAUCAUUCCCUUUCCAGCCGCUCCGAGAUAUCACCCAGCUCCAGUAUCCUUACUGGCCCGAUUUCGGAACAACAUCUCAACCUACUCAUCUUCUUCACCUGAUUGAGCAAUGCAACAAGGUUAUCCGUGCCACCAGCAACCCCGGCUUUAACAGCGAACAACCGGAACCUAGGGGUCAACGGCCGGUCUUAGUGCACUGCAGUGCCGGCUGUGGGCGUACGGGAACUUUCUGCACCGUCGAUAGUGUACUGGACAUGCUGAAACGACAGCGUAUGCAUGUCAGUGGACACAGAGACGCGAGUCAAAACCCCACUGACAACCUCGAGUGGGUUGGAAAUCUGAAUCUCGACCUUAUCGCAAAGACUGUUGAAGAUUUCAGACAACAGAGACCGAGCAUGGUCCAGAACCUGAGUCAGUAUGCGCUUUGCUAUGAAAGUGUGCUCGAGUGGCUCGUCGCUCAAAUGAAGUAG